GGAAAAUCGAUAGAAAAAACGAAGGCGAAAUAAAUUAAUAAAGAGCCAAACGAGUGAUGUCGCAAACACGAGUGACAAUGGAGCUCGUAAACGACGCCGUUGCUGUUAUCACCAUCUUAAAUCCUCCCGUGAACGCCAUGACUAUUCCCGUAAUUGCGGGAUUGAUGGAGAAAUUUGAUGAGGCUUCGAGGAGAAACGAUGUCAAAGCGGUUGUUUUAACUGGCAAUGGAGGAAGGUUUUCUGGUGGUUUUGAUAUCAAUGUUUUCCAGAAAGUUCACGAAACCGGUGAUGCAUCUGUGAUGCCUGAUGUGUCCGUUGAUCUUGUCCUCAAUGCUAUCGAAGAAUGCAAGAAACCUGUUGUGGCAGCCGUUGAAGGAUUAGCUCUUGGAGGCGGCUUAGAAUUGGCGAUUGCUUGCCAUGGACGUAUUGCUUCCCCUAAAGCUCAACUUGGCUUGCCAGAAUUGUCACUUGGAGUGAUUCCAGGGCUUGGAGGCACACAACGUCUUCCGAGGCUCAUCGGGCUGCAAAAGGCUAUCGAAAUUAUGCUGUCAUCAAAACCAAUCAUGUCUGAAGGAGGAAAGAAACUGGGUCUUAUCGAUGCUAUUGUCCCUUCAGAAGAGUUGCUGAAAGUUUCUUGCAGGUGGGCGUUAGACAUUGCAGAGAAACGUAAACCAUGGACACGUUCUCUUCACAGAACGGACAAGAUUGGAUCCGUCUCGGAAGCAAAGGAGGUGAUAAGAAUUGCAAGACAACAAACCAGAAGGACUGCCCCAAAUUUGCCUCAGCAUCAGGCCUGCCUAGAUGUAAUUGAGGAGGGGAUUGUUCAUGGGGGAUGUCAUGGAAUUUUAAAGGAGGUCAAAGUUGCUAAGAAGUUAGUCCUUCAAGACACUGCAAAAGGUCUUGUCCAUUCGUUCUUUGCCCGGCGUGCUACGUCAAAGGUUCCAAAUGUUACUGACCUUGGUCUAAAACCUAGGCAAAUAAAGAAAGUUGCCAUUAUUGGUGGAGGCCUAAUGGGAUCGGGAAUAGCAACGGCUCUUACAGUGAGCAAUAUAUUUGUCCUUCUCAAGGAAGUUAACCCUGAAUAUCUCCAGAAGGGGAUAAAAACGAUUCAUGAAAAUGUUGGAGCUUUAGUUAGUAGAGAGAAAUUGACAAAGGAUGAGUCGGAAAAAGCUCUUUCAAUGCUUAAAGGAGUUUUGGAUUACUCUGAGUUUAAAGAUGUAGACAUGGUAAUUGAGGCUGUCGUUGAAAAUGUUCCUUUAAAGCAAAGAAUUUUUAGUGAAAUAGAGAAGGCCUGCCCUCCUCACUGUAUUUUGGCGACAAACACAUCCACUAUUGACCUCAAUUUAGUUGCAGAAAAAACAAAAUCACCAGAUCGUGUUGUAGGAGCUCACUUUUUCAGCCCUGCCCAUGUGAUGCCCCUUUUGGAGAUUGUACGUACACAAAAAACUUCCCCACAAGCCAUCCUUGAUCUUGUGGCAAUGGGGAAAGUCAUAAAGAAAGUUCCCGUCGUGGUCGGUAAUUGCACCGGCUUUGCGGUCAACCGGACAUUCUUCCCAUACUCGCAAGGUGCACAUUUGUUGGUCAAUUUAGGUGUUGACUUGUUCAGAAUCGACCGGGUGAUCAGCAAUUUCGGCAUUCCUAUUGGUCCUUUCCAACUGCAAGACGUAUCAGGGUACGGAGUGUUCUUGGCAGUUUGGGAAGAAUUUUCAAAGUCGUUCCCGGAUCGAGUAUUCAUAUCUCCAUUGAUUGAACUUUUGAUGAAAAAUGGACGAAAUGGGAAAAUCAACGGGAAGGGAUAUUAUAGUUAUGAGAAGGGAAGCAAGACAAAACCUGAUCCUUCGAUAUUUCCUAUUAUUGAAGAGUGUCGACAGCAAACUAAACUUAUGCCCGGUGGAAAGCCUAUAACAGUUACUGAUAAACAAAUCCUGGAGAUGGUAUUAUUCCCAGUAGUCAACGAGGCAUGUCGGGUUCUGGAUGAAGGAGUCGUGGUUCAACCAUCGCACCUUGAUACUGCAUCUGUUCUUGGAAUGAGCUUCCCUUCUUACCGUGGUGGUAUAGUGUUUUGGGCAGAUACCAUUGGAGCAAAGCAUGUGUAUGAAAGUCUAAAGAAAUGGUCAGAAAUGUACGGUAGCUUCUAUAAACCUUCAAAGUAUUUGGAAGAAAGAGCCAUUAAGGACAUCCCAUUGAGUGCAACGCCAACAUCGUCUACAUCAUCAAAGUCAAGGCUUUAAGGCUAAUAAUAAAGUAGACGCGGCAAAGCCACUCAGCUUCGUGACGCAUAUAAAGGGAAAAAAACAUAACGUUGUGAAUUGUAAUAAUACA